AUGUCUGCCAUUGCGAGUUCUUUGAUAUCGCUGAGUAUUCUUUUUGUUUUACAUACUGUUAAUUUUCUAACAUUUGAGACGGAAGGCUUAUUCUUACUAACACCACUUAUUAUAGGGACUGCCGAGUUGAUACUUUCUGCUCUUGCUGCUUUGUGUGUUUUCACAAGGCCUUCAGUGAACACAGCAAUCCCAGCCACCGUUUUACUUAUCGUGUGUACCAUCUGGACUGCAGUUGGUCUCUCAAAUAUUUCCGAAGAGAUCACCCCAAAGUUAUACGGAAGAAAUAUUUCGGUCGAAGCAUAUUCACAGAGAGACGUCGUACUUCCGGGUCAUGGGGUUCUUGUACUUCUGUUUGUUGUUUUCUCUGUUUGUUUGAUAUUACAUAACCACAAGAAGGAUCUGGUUGUUUUCAUGUUUGCGUCGUCUUUGUUAUCAGUGUGUGUUAUCAUUAACACGUGGACAAACCUUAAAGGACAUAGUUUAUUAUUCCUCUCAUUAGCCUCCGUGACUGCCUACGUCAGUGUUAGGGCUGCAUUAGAACAUUUUACUGGGGAUACACACACGAAAUCCUCAGAUAAUAAAACUGAGUUUGACGAUAAAAGAGUCAUGAGAUAUGCUUUAAAUAUUCUUUCAUUUUCCCCUUGGGUCUUGUAUAGCUGUACAAUAACAAAAAAUACUGCCAUUAGUUUUAUUUGGCCAUUAGCCUCUGGGUUAUUUCUCCUCCUUCAUGGAAUAUCUGGAAUGAGGAGAGGUAACAUAACGGUAUCUACAUUUUCUAUUGUUGAUGGUCUUUUCUGGGGCUCCCUAGGUGGAUCCAUGUACAUAACAGUCAUAAAAGGUUAUUCGGAAAUUCUGUUUCCGGCCGUUUCGGUCCCAUUGUCUACGAUUUUUCUUACGAUAGCUGUUGUAUCCUUGCACUCAGAAAUUUUGCUAUCAUUAGAGUACGUGUUUCUUUCGGGUUUUAUAUUAACUUUAACCUUUAAUCACGAGGUUUCAUUAGCAACCUUUACUUGGAUUUGUUUUGUUCUUUACAUGUAUGGGUAUAUUGCUGCUUUGUUGAAGUCCUUCUCGUUCAAAAUUCAGCUUCCUGUUGGUCAAAACGUAAUUUCAAAACUAAGACAAAAGUUUCGUAGGCAAAAAAUUUUCACUGAAAACAAAGUGGAUAUAGUGAGCUCCAAAAACGUGUUUGAGUCUGACUCAAUGCUCGGUUUCUCUAAAUAUGCUACUCUGGAUAAUAUAGGCUAUGUCUCCAAUAUUAUCAGCGUCCUUUCGUUUGCCUGGGUCUCGCAUGAAACAACAGUACUCUCUCUACCUUGGCAUUUAAUUUUUGGAUGUUUCAUUCAAUUUGUUGUUGGGUUUAUUGGUUUUUCUAGGGGAAAGACUUUCGAAAGUUCAUUUUUUCUAACUUUUGCCUCGUUUUGGUCCAUCUGGGGAAGUUUAAGGUCCUUAGACCUUAUUGGAACUGAGUCAGGGAUGUCAUUUGGGGUUGGGUUAAGCAGUUUUUUGUUAGUAGGAGUAGUGUUUUUGGGCAUGUCAAUAACUGUGAGUAAGACUUGGAUUGGGAUAUCUUUUUGUUUUGUUCUCUUUAUGUUAGCAACUCUUCUGCAAGUGUUAGGCAUAUCUGAUGGAUUCAUUUAUGAGAGGACAGCUGCAGUUUUGUAUUCUCUAUCUCUUUUUUACGCUCUCUUAUCGUCGACCUUUAAUUUGUCCUUGGGAAGAGAAGUUUUACCUCUUGGAAAACCUAUUCUACAAAUUAGUAAGAUAACAAAGUACAAUGACCAGAUUCUUUGGGCCUCAUCUAGAAAAGCGAGAGGUGUAAAAGAAAUAGCAGACAAGCUGAAGGCCGGCGGUAUAUGUGGAAUUCCCACAGAUACAGUGUAUGUUCUGGUCGCCUGCUGUCACCAUCCCGAAGCUGUCGAGAGAGCAUACAAGACAAAAAAGCAGGCAGAAGACAGACCCAUGUCAUUAUGGAUAUCCAACUUCAAACAAAUAGAGGCUGCUCGCCAUGAAUUCAGCUCACUUCUUUGGGACUUCCUACAUGAAAUAUGGCCUUCAAAUGUUUCCGUUGUUGUGAAGAGAGGUGAAUGGGUAAAAUCUUUGGGUCUUGGAGAUUCGGAAAAGUACGUUGGUCGUUCAGAUAGCAUCGCCCUCCGAAUUCCAGAUAGUACUAUUACCUGUCAUCUAAUUGACCAGUGUGGACCAGUGACUGUGACGUCAGCAAACCCGACAGGGGAGGGAGAUACCACCCACCAUCUCCAGGUUUUGGCAAAGCUUGGAAUGAAAAUGUGUGACGGAAUCCUAUGUGAUGGUCCUUCUAGAGAAAACGCCAUUUCAACGGUAGUGGACUGUCGUGAUAUAGACAAUGGCAAACUCGGCUUCUUUAGAAUUGGCCUCACGCCAAAAUCUACAGUUUUAGGAAUCCUAAACAAACUGUUGGAAAAGCGUUCUACAAAGAAUGGAGACAGUCAUAUGAACGGCUCUGUGAACGCUGCUUUUGACACGGAAAUGUAAAUGGACUCAGAAACUAAAACAAUGGUUUUUAACGCACUAUCUGCAUUGUGAAUAUUUUUUUUGUUUGUUUGUUUAUAAUUUUUGAAAUGCUUUACUGUAAAAUCACAAAUUUUUGUGGGGGCUUAAUUUUCGUUGCUUUCCUGGUAGAUUCGUAUCCUCCACGAAAUGUGAAAAUUACAUACUGCUUUAUAAUGUUUCUCCUUUAACCACAGUAAUUUUUCUUCAAACCACGAAAAUUUUACCAACGAAAAUAAGUGAUUUUGCAGUACCUACCUUUCUAAGAUAUAUUCUAGUUUAUGCAAAAUUUCAAAAGAUAAUUUAUGUCUUAAUGUAUAUCACCUAAUAUGUCUACAAACUAUAUUUAAAAAUGUAAACUUUAAUAUACAUAUGCAAAUCUUUGAUGAUGUAAUAAAUAUGGUUUCACAAUUGUAAACUAUAGAUAGAAAUUCUAAAUUUCAGUAAGCGUACUACAUGCGGUCUGUCAAUUAUAGUUUACAACUCU